AAUUUAGAACUAAAACAUAACCUCUAAGGAAUUUUGUCAUAUAAUUUUCCAUGAGAUUUGUAGUAUGCCGCUACCAAAAUAUGGGAAAAUAUUAAUUUCUUGGUAAUUACUUCAAUAUUAAAAAUUGUACAGUGUUGAUUUAUAACGUUUCUUGCGGGCUGGUAUAACCGUAGCGAGUCUGUCCCUGUUCGUAUUGUCCAGGAACACUAUAAAUGCGCGCCGUCUGGAUAACAUGAGAGCGCGGGAACGCAUGCGCAGAUCCAACGAAGGAGAGUACCCUGAUACCUACAGACGACGACUUUGAAUUUUAUUUUUUUUAAACUACUCAACGUAAACCAUGGCGGUGCCCCAACUGGACCCGGCGAAGCUGCAGCUCGUCCAAGAGUUGGAGAUUGAGAUGAUGUCGGACAUGUACAACCGCCUCGUCAAUGCUUGUCAUCGGAAGUGCAUACCUGUGAAGUAUCACGAGCCGGAACUAGGCAAAGGCGAGUCAGUGUGCCUGGACCGCUGCGUGGCGAAGUACCUGGACGUGCACGAGCGCAUCGGGAAGAAGCUCUCCAGUAUGUCGCAGGGGGAGGCUGAUGCUGGGCAGGACCUCACCAAGAUCAACAUCCAGGAGAAGAAGUAGCGUGUGGACGGGAAAGUGUCGCAAGUUUUAUCUCAGUUUUGGGUUGUCUAUACUCUGUAUCUUUAGGUAUUUAAAUAAAAGUAAACAAUUUGUAAAUUUUCGGGUAGUCAUAACAUUUAUUAACCAACCAAAAUACGAAACCGCCUGGAUCAGUCGCUGAACGACUUGACUUUAACCUACAUUAUUUGCUCAUGUAAUGUUUUCAUCUACCCUCAACUGGCUUAAGGAGCCAUUUUAGGGUAGAUUUUGUUUACUUUUAUUUAAAUACCUAGAGAUACAGAGUAUAGGCAAUAAAAAAGUACCUAAGGUAUCGUUAAUACGGUGCGAGAACUCGCAUGCGAUGUGAGUUUCAUUACAUUGCGGUAUUAAAUGUAAACUCAAUAGUCCGCAAUAUAACUAUAAACUCGUAUGCGAGUUCGCGCGCCAUCUAAAUGAACCCUAACGGCGCGGCCAUGACUUGCGCGACCGGCGGCGGCGGCGGCGGCAACCAUAGGUGGGAACGAAAGGUCCGAUCACUAUGUCGUGACCUAUGGCGCCGCCGCCAGUGGCGCAAUGUCAUGGCCGAGUCCUAAGAUUUUUACGAGCGUCACACAAUAAAUUAGUUGAACCCUGAAUAUAAUAUUAUGAGAUAAAAAUAUUGGGUCACUUUUUUAUGUUCUCUUGAAGACCUGUUGGGUAAAACAAUGAAUCGUUGGUGAACAAAAUUUUUGUUAUCACUGACAAACACUAAACUACAAGUAGAUGAGCUUUUAGACCUUUAUCUAAAAAAACAUAACACUACAAUUGACAGAAAAAAAAAUCUAAAAAAAAAUUAAGUUAUUUUAGAAAAAUGUCCUGAGGGUUUUUGCAUAUAAUGUUGAAAUAAUAAAAAUCAUAUUACGAGUAAAUCACUGCAAUUUUCUACCUUCUAGUGCGAUAUAAAAUAGUAGAAAUUAAAUAAAUUGGAACUAAACAAAUUUACAUACUAAAUUGUUGCCAUGUUGAUGCAUUUUACGUCAAAAAUGUGACAGUUGCGUAGGAAGUGGCGCCCUCAUUUAUUUUCUACAAUUUCUUGUCGGACUAUAACUACAUUAUGCAAAAUUUUAUUCUAUAACGAUUCAUUGCUGAAUUAAUAACAAUAAGAUAUAGAAAUCUACAAAUUAAAAACUAUUUUAGAGUUAAUUAUAAUUACCAAAUCGUCGAAUAAACUGCUUUUAAUUUGAAGAUUUCAUAAGUUAUACCUUUAUUGUGCAAGUGAAUUUCGGCUAUUAUACACAAAUUAAUAAGAUAUAAUUUGCCAAUGCAUUUCAAUUAGUGAAGGUGGUUUGUUAGAUGUAUGAAGUUAGUGACUGUUAGUAAUGUUGUUGGAAAAUAAAAUUAAAGUAAUCA